AUGGCCAGUCAGUCGCAGGGCAUUCAGCAGCUGCUCCAGGCGGAGAAACGGGCCGCCGAGAAGGUGUCCGACGGCCGCAAGCGAAAGAGCCGGAGGUUGAAGCAGGCCAAGGAAGAAGCCCAGGCUGAAAGUGAACAGUACCGCCUGCAGAGGGAGAAGGAGUUCAAGAACAGGGAUGAAGUCUUGGAUAACCUCUUGGCCUUUGUCUGCGACAUCCGGCCAGAAAUCCAUGAGAACUACCGCAUAAAUGGAUAG